AUUGUUGAAGGCUGAAGCUUUAAAUCUGAUUCACAGAUGCGACCACCUUCACUCCACAGUGGUUUCUUCUCCUCUCUUAAACAGGUUGAGAAGAGAUUGAAAUCAGAAGAUUCAUCGCACUUAACCAAUCACUGUUCUUCAUCAUCAACAGAUCAUCUGGGUUCCCCCAUUUUUCUCAACUGCGAUCAUACCAACAACAGCUCGAAUCUCCAAGACAGCGAUCCUCCUCAAGAUUUCCUCUCGCAUUCCCUUGAUUUCCCUCCGACCCAGAAGGAGCCAUCACAACUGGACAUUAAACAACAAAAUCAGACUGUCGAUGAGGUCGAAGACAACAAGGACGAUAUUGAGCGGUUAAUCGAACUUCUGGAUUUGUCGGAGUUAAGAUUGGAAGAAGACGAUGGAAAAGAAGGAGAGAAGAGAUUGGUUAAUGGAACUUCUGGGUCAUGCUUUUGUCAUGGUGGGUUUUAUUCAAAGAUUGCUGGGGUGAAGGGACCCAAAUGUGAGAAAGAAAUGGAGAGAUUGGACGGAUGGAUUAAGUACUUGUUAAAUGAUGGUGGUGGGGACGACAGGAGCGAACCAUUGAGUUUAGUUUACUUGCUUCUGGGCAGAGCUGCUUGUGCCUCGCAGGAUGCUGAUGGUCUUGAAGGGCUUGAAUUCCCUUCGACUAUAGAAGAGUUUCUGCAGAAUGAUCCCCCCAAGUAGAGCGAGAGAGAUUCUCCAGAGUGAUAGGUAAUUUUUAUGAAAAUCUUUGACUCUCAGCUAUUCUUCAGAGUGCAUUAUUACUGCCAAAUAUUUGAGUUUGCU